AUGCCCGUGGCGACUGCGCCGUCGCUGCCCAACCCCGCCGCGCCCCCUGUUGGCAGGCUGGAGGUUAACGCCCCCGCGGCGACGGGGAGCGACGCGGCGACCACGCCAGACGUCGGCGCAAAGACGCCUGCGGAGGGCGGCAACGGCGGCGUCGCCGUGGCGCGUGAGGAGCGAGAGCGGCAAAUCAAGCUUGGGCUCUUGGUCGUGCGGCUCGGCGGCGCGAAGGAGAACAACGUCUUUGGGGCCCGCGGGCUGACGGUGCCUCCGCGCGACCUCCUUGUCAUCCACCGCCCAGAGGAUGACGCGGCGGCGCGGCGACCCUUCAAGUGGUACGACCCGAUCUCGUGGUUCCUCAGCGGCCCACGCCCGUCCCCAAUGACGUGGAGCGCGUCCUCCGCCGUCAAAAAGUCCUCACCACCGACAGCAGCGGCCUCGGUUGUCGCUGACGCUAGUGUCGCUGCCGCCGUUGCCACCGCCACUGCCGCGACCAGCGCAACCGCGCGGAAGAAGCGCCCACUGCCUCCUGUCGACAUGCAUCCACUAAAGGAUGCCGCUACGCUAGAGCCUGCGGUGGGCGAGGAGCGGGCGAAGCUGCUCAAGGAUGAGGCGUCGGUGCACAGUGUCCUGGAUAGAAUUGAAGAGGCCCGCUACGCCUACCUGGUCCCCUCGCAGGAACUUCGCUGUGAGGCGGAGGUGAUGUCAGUCUUGCAGUGCUACAUGAACGGCAACGCUGCGGCAGGAGUCCGCGCGGCCGCCGCGGAGGCGCCGUCGCCCACGGCACUUCCAGCGGCGGCGGGUGUGCUGCAGUGUGGGCCUGUUGUGGCGUUGCUGAGGCGGUGCGCGGAGAAGAUGGUGGUGUCGUAUAGCGAGGCCGACGGCGGCCGCCCGUAG